GUCACCUGACAGUUGUGUGGAUGCAGCCAGCGGGUUCAGCAUUUGAUACACGGGAUUGGAAAUAAUCACAAAACAAACCAUAAUUCCAGGCCAAAAAAUAAAAAAAACGAAGAGAUUUUCCGUUAAAUCGGUUCUCGGUUUCCCGUCUCUUGCACAAUGAGUGCUGGCACCCCUAAAUCACUGGCAUCAUCGGGACAAAAACCCAUUCAAGAGAUCUGCCAUCCGCUCGGAGCCGAGGAGGCUGCUCUCACACCCAGUCCAGAUGUCAGGAACAUCACCAGCAGCAUUGGAGAGAAGGACCCAAGCCUGCCCAAUGGGACACCGGUGGAGACAUCGAGUCCCUCGUCCUCGUCUUCCCUCCUGAACCGCCUGCAGCUGGAUGACGACCCGGAUGUUGAAACACGUGACCUUUUCGUCACCGUGGACGACCCGAAGAAACACGUCUCCACCAUGGAGACCUACAUCACCUACAGAGUGGUCACUAAGACAACGCGGGUGGAGUUUGACCUACCAGAGUACUCCGUGAGGAGACGCUACCAGGACUUUGAUUGGCUCAGGACCAAGUUGGAGGAUAGUCAGCCUACACAUCUCAUACCACCCCUCCCAGAGAAGUUUGUGAUGAAGGGGGUGGUUGACCGGUUCUCUGAGGAGUUUGUUGAGACGAGAAGGAAGGCUCUGGAUAAGUUCCUGAAGAGAGUGGCUGACCAUCCUGUCCUGUCGUUCAACGAACACUUCAACUCCUUCCUGUCUGCCAAGGACCUGAAUAAGAAACAAGGCCUAGCCCUGCUCUCUAAGAUGGGGGAGUCGGUGAAGUACGUGACGGGAGGGUACAAGCUGAGGAGCCGACCCAUGGAGUUUGCUGCUAUGGGAGACUACCUGGAUAUGUUCACACAGAAGCUGGGUACUAUCGACAGGAUAGCACAGAGAAUCAUCAAAGAACAGUCUGAGUACCUAGCAGAGCUGAGGGAGUACGGUCCAGUCUACACCACCUGGGCGGCGUCGGAGGCGGAGCUACAGGGGCCUCUGGAGGGCGUGGCCAGCUGCAUGGCUAACUGCUCCAGCGCUCUGGACGAACUCACCCAGGAAAUGAGCGGAGACUUCCUGCCCGUACUCCGAGAAUACGUCCUCUAUAUCGAGUCCAUGAAGGCUGUUCUGAAGAAGAGGGACGAUGUCCAUGCAGAGUAUGAGGCCAAACUGGAAGCCGCUUCGCUCCGGAAAGAGGAGAGACCAACAGCCAAGCAGGUGCCUACAGACGUGGAGAAGUGCCAGGACAGAGUGGAGUGUUUUAACGCUGACCUGAAGUCAGACUGGGACCAGUGGCAGAACAACAAGAUACAAGACUUCAGACAGCUACUCACUGGCAUGGCCGACCACAACAUCCAGUACUAUGAGAAGUGCCUUGCAGCGUGGGAGUCAGUCAUUCCAGUAUUACAGGACAAGCAGCCACAGGAGACAGAAACGGAGGAAGACUGAAACGGCCAGCUGACCUUUGAAGCACAUUGGAAAAGUGGACAUAACAUCUCAAACACUUCUCUACCCGAGUCACCAGAGUCACACACCGACACAGAUACUCUGGAAGGGAGAUUACCAAGGAAAUGGGCUUUUGGAGUCUUCAGACGGAAAUCUUUUUUUAGUUUUGGCGUUUCUGUUUGUGAAACCCAGUCAGUCGAAAACGUCCCGUCCUGCCUGCUGGUCGUUGUCUCACGUCAGGUAGCUCAACGGCAGUCUGCGCUGAUCUGUCUGAUAACUUGCAAACACUCAUGGGAUAGCUAAAAAUAAGUUUGGCCACAAUAUGCUGUGCUAACAUUCGAAAAUGUUACGAAGGUGACAUCGUCUGCUGAAGCCACUACGUCAUCUAAAAGACUCCGAGUUAAUCUGACCAAAAAAUAUCAACCUGGAGUCUGAGUUAAUCUGACCAAUAAUAUCAGCCUGCAGUCUGAGUUAAUCUGACCAAUAAUAUCAGCCUGCAGUCUGAGUUAAUCUGACCAAAAAAUAUCAACCUGGAGUCUGAGUUAAUCUGACCAAUAAUAUCAACCUGGAGCUAAUAAAUCUUCACUAGCUAAUUCUACAUCUAACGAAGGUGUUUUGUGGUCGGUAGAAUCAGUAUUUAUGAAAUUCGUAAUGUACACUAUAAUUAGCUAGCUAAAGCGUUAGCUACACUAGCUAGUGUCUGCUUGCUGGCUGAACCAGACUCAAAUCAAUCCAUAAUGAAAGGCAGGGAUGUUAACAAUGCGAGUUCACACACACACUCAAUGCUGAAUAACCCUAGUAAAUUCUGGCUAAUGCACGAAUUAGUUUUCAUGAUAUCUUGUUCUGCCGAGUUCUACAGCACAGCAAGGCACAUUACCAGCUGUCACAGUCAGACACCUGCUGAUUUCUGAGAACAGUCCCAGAACCUUGGUGCCUUACAAAGCUGGCAAACUAUCUACCGUAUGGCCGUUCAAAACAAGCCCUGCACUAAAAUCUAGAUUGUUAGAGAUGAGUUCCACGUCCUACGUGA